AUGAGGGACCCUCGCGCAUCGAAGCGGAGAAGAGUCUCCGAAGAGCCAUCUCAAGAUGAAGAUGGAGACAUUGAAAUGGACGGAGAUGACAUCUAUUCGGUCCCAUCAUCCCCAGAUGCCGAAGACUCCGAGGCCGACCAAGAUUAUCCCGCGCCCCGGAAAUCAGCGAAUCGACGUCGAUCCACUCGGGGUGGGAAUAAAGACGUACCAGAAGGGUUGGAACAAAAGGAAACAAACCAGGAUAAUGGUACAGAGACUCCUUCGAGGGGCGGUACCCGGUCAAGUGGACGGCAGCGCAAAGCACCCCAGCGAUUGGAGGGCGAUGCCGCGACGCCAUCUUCCGCACGCAGAGCGGCUGUAACGCCUCGUAGCACCCGUGGAGCAAGAAGCGCACAGAAGCCGAAGCUGGAGUCUGCGGACGACGAAGAAAUGGAUCUCGACGAGCAGUCCCCAAAGCCGACGGCUUCAGUUGCAAGGACCAGAUCUAGGAGGAGUACUGCCAGACCCAAGGCCAACGGUGUGAGCAAUGGAGGAUCGGAAAAGGAAUUGUCUCCUUCUGCGGAAGUGUACAAUGAUGGCCUGGAUGACCUUGUUGCCAUGCAAUUGCAGCAGGACCUUCAAACCCAAGAGACUCAUGAAGUUGUCGAGAUGCCUGAACGGGUUCCUGAAUAUGUCGAGAACCUACAAACCCUCUGUCAAGGCGGACUUCACUCCGAAAUGCGUGUCCUUACAACUGCCCUUCUCGAGAAACUCUCCGGAAAACAACAAAUCCCGCUCAAGGGUGUUGAGAGUGAGUACACCAAGGUCAACCACUUGAUCGAGCAGACAGUUACCGUUGGUGAAGGCAAUUCGAUGCUUCUUCUUGGAUCGCGGGGAUGUGGAAAGACGGCAAUGGUGGAAACGAUCAUCUCGUCUCUCGCAAAGGAUCAUGGCAACGACUUCCACGUCGUCCGUCUGAAUGGCUUCCUACACACGGAUGAUCGUUUGGCUCUUCGAGAGAUGUGGCGCCAGCUUGGCCGUGAGACCCAUACCGAGGACGACACAGCCAAGGUCAGUUCCUAUGCCGAUACGAUGGCGACCCUUUUGGCCCUUCUCUCCCAUCCGGAGGAGUUGUUUGGCGCUUCUGGGAAUGCAGACGGGGUGACAGCAGCCAAAUCAAUCGUAAUCCUCUUGGAUGAGUUCGAUUUGUUUGUCACCCACCCGCGUCAGACUUUGCUGUACAACUUGUUUGAUAUUGCCCAAGCACGAAAAGCUCCCAUCGCUGUAAUCGGGUUGACCACCAAGGUUGACGUGACUGAGAUGUUGGAAAAGCGAGUCAAGAGUCGAUUCAGCCACCGCUACGUCUAUGUUCCACUUCCUAGGACCUAUGAGAUCUUCUCGGAUAUUUGUAUGGCGAGUCUGGAUCUCGAUGACAGUGAAGUGCUGCAGCUUGCGUGUUCUCUCGGCGAUAGACAUUCUAUCGUAGAAUCCAACGGUUGGAAGACCUUGCUCGAGGGGUGGAAGGUAUAUCUGAAGCAUCUGUGGGACGACCAAGACUUCCAAUUCCAUCUCAAGAGAAUCUACCACCAAACCAAAACCCCCAAGGACUUCCUCACCAGUGCCCUCCUCCCUAUCAGCGAGCUACACCUCAGCACGCAGGCCACCGACAAACCUACAUUCCAAAUCCCAACCCCGAAGAGCUUCGCCUCACAAUCCCUCACUUGCCCCGACCCAGCCCCACUCCCAUUCGCAACUUCUUCAUCGAGCCCUUCCUCACUACCACUGGCCCUAUUGCUUGCCGCAACUCGCUUAACAGCUCUAUUCGACCCAGGCAACGACGGACAAACACAAAGCCUGGCACCGCUUGCGCUCUCCUUCCCAGCCGCGUAUGCAGAAUACGUGCGUCUACUUACAUCCGCUAAGGUUUCUGCAUCUGUGUCCGGCGCAGCUGCCACGCCUGGCCGCGUCUGGGGGCGCGAUGUGGCGCGCGAGUCUUGGGAGAAGUUGGUUACGUGGGGACUUGUCACUCCUGUUGGUGGUGGAAAUGGUACUGCUGACGGGCAGAUGUUCCGUGUGGAGAUUAGCUUCGAAGAGGUUGUUGAGAUGGCUGGAUCGAAGAGUUCGCUGGGUCAGUGGUGGCGAGAUGGUUGA